CUGUGAUGUAUUCUCCUUCCUUGAAAAAAUCUGAAGCCACCACCAGGUCCCAGGAGCUAUGCUACACCUGGGGUGCAGGGCGAUGGCCCCUUCCUUGGGGGACCCAAACUGGAGGGACACUAAAGCACAGAUGACAGUAGCUCGCAGUUUCAAGAGUCUGGUGAGAUAUCUGAGAAGCCAGAUCUCUCACACAAAGCUUUCUGCGGAGGAUGAGUGGAAUCUGCAGCAGGAGAGGAUGUACAACAAGAUGCACCGGGGCCACGAGUCCAUGCACGUGGAGAUGAUCCUGAUCUUCCUGUGCGCGCUGGUCGUCGCGCAGGUAGUGCUGGUGCGCUGGAGGCAGAGACACUGCCGCUCCUACAAUCUGGUGACACUGUUGCAGAUGUGGGUCGUCCCUUUGUAUUUCACCAUCAAGCUGUACUGGUGGCGGUUUCUUUCUCUGUGGGGACUGUUCUCAGUUAUUACCAGUUACAUCCUCUUCAUCGCCACUCGAAAACCCCUCUCGGGGAAGACACCACGAGUGGUCUACAAGUGGUUUCUUCUCAUCUACAAACUCAGCUAUGUCUUUGGCCUGGUGGGCUACACAGCCAUCAUGUUUACAAUGUGUGGAUUCAAUUUCUUGUUCAAGAUCAAGGCUAGAGAUUCCAUGAACUUUGGCAUCGUGUCGCUGUUCUACGGCCUCUACUAUGGUGUGAUGGGGAGAGACUUUGCAGAGAUCUGCUCUGACUACAUGGCUUCUACCAUUGGGUUCUACAGCGGCAAUGGGAUGCCCACGAGGAGCCUGUCCAAAAACAUCUGCGCCGUGUGCGGGCAGCAGAUCGUGGUGGAGCUGGACGAAGACGGCGUCAUCGAGAACACCUACCAGCUCUCCUGCAACCACGUUUUUCAUGAAUUCUGCAUCCGAGGUUGGUGUAUUGUUGGGAAAAAGCAGACUUGCCCUUACUGCAAAGAGAAGGUGGAUUUGAAGAGGAUGAUCAGUAAUCCCUGGGAGCGCACCCACAUUCUAUAUGGACAAAUCCUGGACUGGCUUCGCUACCUGGUAGCCUGGCAGCCCGUGGUGAUAGGGGUGGUUCAAGGCAUUAACUAUUCACUCGGGCUGGAGUAGCACAGAAGAUCUUGCCCAAAAGACAUGUAUUGCAUGCCGAGAUAUUUUUACAUCCUUCAUUCUGUAUUUAAUACCAAUGUUCUUUUUUAAAGUUUAGAGAUGAUUCCAAGAUCCUAGAGAGCCAAAUAAAGGUGGCACCCUACACAA